CCGCGAGGCUGACUUGAACAGCCUAGGUGAAUGUGACAGAAGAAUGUCCAAUUUCCCCUCUACUAAAAUUUCGCUCCAACGAAGUGUCAAAUAAGUCUUGCUCUUGAGCUUUUUCGGUGGAAUCGCGUCGAAAUGGCAUGGGAACCGAGCAGUCGAAUGGCUCGGAGUUCGCUCAGCCCGGAUUCAAUUAGACAAUUCCAACGAGCACCUGGCUACAAAAGUAGAUCUCGGUCUCCGGCUGGAACGCGAGCAUCAAAUCAGAAGACUAAGCGGGAAUCUUUUGGGCCAGAGAUAUACGUCCAACAAGAUGACAACAGUCCUGCGGAGCAACAUGAGUUGGACGACAUUGUCACACGCACAACAUACCUGCCGGGAAUGGAGCACGCCCCCAAUAUCAGCAAAUUUGUGGAACCAAACGAUAGUGAUCCCAAGAGCAAUUCAAACUGGCUCCCAAAGCCUAAAAAAUAUGUAGAUCAGCUUGACUUGAGAGAUAACUCACCAGCAAGAACCGAAACGUAUGAAAGCGACGAAUUGCAAUACUCAAAUGGAGGGAGACAUUACCCGGAAUCGGUCUGGAGCGAGUCCCAUACUAAUGUUCCACGCCGAAACUUAACAGCAUUCGACGUAGCUGCUCUGAUAUUCAACAAAAUGGUUGGAACGGGAAUUUUUACCACACCUGGUGCUGUGUUAAGUCUCACAGGCUCGAAACAGCUGUCAAUUGGACUCUGGGCUGUGGGCGGUGUAUACACUUUCAUAUGUCUAUUUAUCUACCUUGAGUAUGGAUCAGCACUUCCGUUCACUGGAGGGGAAUUGAUUUAUCUUGAUGAAGUAUUCUAUUGGCCCCAACUCCUUGCUACGAUGCUAGCUUCAAGUUUCUUCUUGAUUCUAUGGAACUCAAGUCCAAACUCUUUCGCAUUUGCAAAGCAUGUUUUGCUUGCUUCGAUACCAACCGCCAACAGUUCACAAGACUUUGAUCCCCGACUGAUCCGAUUUAUUGCGUUUUCCAUACUCACAACAAUUUGCCUUUUACAUUACUUCUCUAGCAAGCUUGGUCUUUUUCUAAACAAAGUGCUCGCUUUGUUCAAGGCCUGCUUGUUGUUGAGCAUAUUCAUUGCUGGCAUGGUUGCUACGAGAAAACCUAACUCUGGAACUAUAGAUUGGAGCGUCAAGCAUGGCCCGAAGGGUAAGACAAACGGUGCUGACAGCAUAGCAGCAUUCGUGCUGAUCUUGUAUUCAUAUACGGGCUGGGAAAACGCCAACUAUGUUGCCGGCGAGAUCAAAGCUCCUAACAAGAUGCUUAAGCAAGGUGCAUUUCUCGCUGUAGGCGCAGUUACUUUUUUAUACAUCAUGGUAUCAGCAGCGUACUAUGCGGCUUGCAAAUACACCGCCAUUACAAGUUUAGAGACGGACCUUGGAAUGGCCGUAAUUUUUGCUCCUGUAGCUUUUGGUCAGGGACUUGGGUUGAAAAUAUCCAUUUCCUUAUCCGCAAUUGGAAAUCUUAUUGCAGUGAUAUAUACGAGUUCAAAAGUCAAGCAAGCAAUUGCGCGCCAAGGCAUUAUACCGUUUUCUUCUUUCUUUGCUGAAGGUCCAAAUGUGCCUCAGGGUGGCUUAAUUCUGCAAUGGAUUUGCUCGACUAUAUUCAUAAUUUUCACACCAACUAGUGGCGACGGCUAUUCAUUCAUCAUUGGUCUGCAAACAUAUAGCCACGUGCUGCUCUCGAUGGCAGUCGCUGUCGGUAUUUGGAGGUUGAGGAGGAGAAUGCAGCUUUCCAUCCCAGGCUGGACUCUAGAUUUUCUCUCCCGCAAAAUCUUCUUAAUCGGUAUCCCGAUCAUAUUCGUCGUAAUCAACUUUCUGAUCCUUGUUUUCGGGGCAAAACCACAUAAAGCCGGUACGAUUCCUCGCUAUUGGUGGCCAGUGAUAUCUUUCCUCGUCUACUUCGGCGCGAUCUUAUACUGGUUCGGUUUCUGGAUCUUGCAAAGACCAAUAAGACACAAAGAAAACGGAGGACAACCGAUUACUAUCGGUCAGUAUAUUGGUUUCGAAAUUAUCGUGCAUAAUGAAACGGAUGAAAAUCCGCCACCGGAGAUGCGGGAGGCUCUUUUACAGUCAAGGUUGGAUGGAACGAGGAGACGGACUCAGUACAAGUUUGACAAGUGGUUCGCUUUCAUGGGCAAGAUCUACGUAAAAGCCCGAAAUAACAUUGGUGACUGGUUCUUCUAACCACACCUCGCGUUCCGGCCAAACUUCUAUCUUUGUCUUCUCGGCGCCCAUCCUCUUAGAUUGGAUAUGAAAUUUGGUGCAAAUAACAUCUAACCGAAGCGUUGAAUUGAGCUUGUUGUCGUGGGGAUGAGCUACAAGCCAGAAGUAAGGAUUCGAAUGGGUUUUUGGUGCUGCAAUGCAUGACUGAAUCAUGACACGAGCCGUGUAUCGAUAAUCUAAGAAGAAAAAUGAAAGACUGAUGGGUAUAAGGUAGUCCUGAAGCAAACUCAGGUCAUCUACUGAUCAAUGUAUUUUAUUGUGGUAUAUAGUCCCC